AUGUCUGGACUGAACCGGAUCCACGGGGCAGAGAACCUCUCACUUUACUCCGUGGAGCGGUCCCUAACAGGGAAGGAGAGCUGGCAUCUGGCCAGUAUGGAUAUGACGGUCCUGUCUACAAGAUUUGUGGCGUUCGACCAGCAGAAGGGAAAGUCAUACACUUACCGUGUUCGCUCUGUGAACAAGUACGGCAUCAGCGACCCGUCUCUUCCCAGCGAACCCAUCUCAAUGGGACAGCCGCUAGGAGUUCCCGACCCACCACACGGCGUCCUUUCAAUCCGAGACACUGACAGUUCAGUCCUGUUGCAGUGGAAGGAGCCCAAAAUAACAGAGGGCAUUGUGGGAUACUAUCUGUACUGCAGUGAGGUUGGAAGUGGACAGUGGAAGACCAUCAACAAUAAACCCAUGACCAAAACCAGGUUUACAGUUGAUGGCCUGAAGACCAAUAAAGAGUAUGUAUUCCGGGUGAAAUCCGUGGGACUGGCGGGAAACAGCAUCUACUCUGAGGAGUCUCCUGCCGUUCGAGUGAAAUCAGCGAUACGUGUUCCGUCCCGUCCAUCAGCCAUCGCUCUACUGCACUGCACCGGAGCAGAGAUGCUGAUUGGCUGGAGAGCCCCAGCCAAUCACGGAGGAGACCUUGUGCGUGGCUACUAUCUAGACCAGAGGGAGAAAUCCCAGAGCUCCUGGACAGAGAUCAGCAUCAAGCCCACUAAAGAGAGAGUGUACCAGGUGACAGGACUCCAGGAAGGAAGUUUUUACCAGUUCCGAGUCUUCGCAGCUAAUAUUGUUGGACUGGGCGACGCUUCUGAAGCCAGCGAGCUGUUUCUGUGCGAGCGCUGGACGAUGCCUGAGCCUGGUUGUCCGUAUGAUCUGGAAUUUAGAGAAGUGAGGCGGAACUCUCUGGUGCUGUUGUGGGCGGAGCCUCUGUACAAGGGCCAAUCAGAGAUCAGCGGGUAUGUGGUGGAGAUCAGCGAGGGGGCGGAGUCUGAGGAUUGGACCCCGGUGACGAGUGAGCCGGUGACGGAAACUCACUUAAAGGUUUCAGGUCUGAAGGCCGGUCAGACGUACCGUCUCCGUGUGUCUGCCGUUAACACCGCUGGAGUCGGCAUGUCUUCACUGGCCUCGGAGCCGGUGGAAGCACAGACUAAAGCAGGUCUGCUGCCUGGAAAGCUUCGUAAUGAUGAUUUCAUGCUCAUUUUACAGCGAGUCGCUUUUAACUGUAUCCUGCGCUUGCCACCAGGAACCAAAGAGAUUGAGAUCGGAGUCGAUAACGACGGCUUCAUCUUCCUGGGCUUUGAAGCUCCUGACAGCACUGAUAAAGAUGUCUUCAAGUGGAGUAAGAACUACGGGAAAGCCAUUGAAGCUGGACGAGCCCGACUGGAGAACAAAAACAACAGGUCUGUUCUCACCUUCACGGACGCCUCGGAGCAUGAUUUGGGCUUGUACACGGUGGAGCUGAGGGGGAACCCUGAAGUCUCCUCUAGUUUCACCUUCACUGCAGAAGGUAGACGUUCAUCUCUAUCUCUGAAUGAUGCAUUACCUGAACACAGUGCCACCUGA